CAAUAUUGACAAUACACCCCCCCAGUGGAGGUCACUAUAAACGUAAAAUAGUACUCGUGGUUUUCUGGACAUGACUUCUACCGAAAACGAACUAGGGCAUGACUUUUGGAGCUCCAAGUUUUACGACCAAGGUCGCACCCCUUGGCACAAACAAGAGUUCCAUCCGAAAUUGAAGGCCAAUUUAGGAUUCUUUCCGAAGACAACCGAAGCCAAACGGUUUCUGUUACCCUUAUGCGGUAAAUCCGUGGAUUUGAUCCAUUUGUACAACUUCUGCUCCAAGUGGACCAUUUUGGGGGUGGAAUUUGUGGAGCAGGGUUGCCGUAGUUUCUUCCAGGAGCAAAAUCUGGAAUACGACGUGGAGGAUAAACAGGGUGGCUUGAAAAUCUUCAAGAGCAAAGAUGGACGCCUUCAAAUGUUUUGUGGAGAUUUCUUCAAAAUGGACCCAGACCUGAUUGGAGGAACUGUUGAUUACGUUUGGGACCGAGGAUCUUUGGUAGCAAUAUCACCGUCCAAAAGAGAACAAUAUAUGCGAGUCAUUAAUAAGCUGCUCUCUCCCACCUACGUGUAUUUGCUCUCAACUAUUGAGUAUGAUCCCGAUGUCCGGGGUGGACCUCCCCAUUCGAUUCCUUUUGGGGAUGUUAAUACAUUAUUUGAGGACGCUCAAAUUCGGAUUUUGGAAAACCAAGUCUUAGACAAUCCGAAUGAUCUCAUGAAAGAGAAUUUAUUCCUGAUAACUGAGAAAUCUCCAAAAGACGUGGUUAGUUAUUGGCAAGGUCGAUGGGUGGAAGGUCAAUCUCAAUGGCAUUCCAACGAACCCCACUUCAGUCUGGUGAAGUAUCUAGAUAAACUCAAGGAUGGUCGAGAUAAUUUGACAAUUUUUGUACCGCUUUGCGGGAAAAGUGGCGAUUUGAUCUACUUGUACAAACAAGGCUUUUCCGUGAUUGGACUGGAAGGUGUGCAUUGUGUGGUUGAGAGCUUCUUUAAGGAUCAUGAUUUGGAAUACAAGAAAGAAGUAUUGCCGGAAAUCAAGGGGUUCAAAUACGAGACUUUGGAUGGUCAAUUGAAGAUUUUUUCGUGCGACAUUUUUGAAAUGCAACCCGGUGUAAUGGGUCAGGUGGAUGCGGUUUUUGACCGUGGAUCAUUCGAGGCCAUUUUGGAAGAAGAUCGACCUCGAUACAUGGACUUGAUGACUAAGAUCCUUGCGACCAAGUUUAGAAUCAUCUUGAAUGGCUACGAGUAUGAUAACACUGUAUUUAAAGGGCCUCCCAGGCAUGUUGAUCACAAAGUGGUCGAGGAAAUGUAUGGAAACCUGGGAAAAGUCGAGAUCUUGGAAGCAACCGAAAAUGGAACCCAACCUCAGCGAUUCAACUUGUCCAAAAUGACCAAGUUCAUCUACUUCAUUUCUCGGGAAAGAAUGGAAAACUAAUAAUGUAUGUUACCUUCGUCACCAGGAGAAAUAUAGUCUGAUUCAUGCAUGCA